GAUGGCCAUGAGUUGGCCUCAUAUUCGCAUACACCCUCAGUGUGGUGCUUGCGGGAUGUCGUUCCAGGUAUACGCAGAGAUAACGGCUUGUAUAGUAAUUUUCGAAUCCCUCAUACAGUAACAUAUCAUGAUGAAACCUGCAUCACCCUUGAUGCUGGUGUAUACCCAGACUGCGGUUAUUGCAAGCAGACGAGUAGCAAAUAUAUUUUCUGCCGGCAUCCAGACUGCAGUGAACGCCAACUUACGAGCGAAAGCGUAACAUUUCAUACAGACUGUUCUAAUCUUGUCAAGAAGUUGACUGAUGGCGCUCUCCGAAGAUUCUGGAUUGCAGCCACUUGGAGGUAUCCUUGGCCUCAUUCCCCACCACCUUUACUAACUUCAGAGGAUCCCAUUGAUGACUACAUCCGAAUGGCAAGCAAUGCGUGCCAACUACCCCUCCUGAUAACUCUAUCAAAUGAAAUAAAAGCAAUGGUUGUUCAGCGGUGCGGUCCUCAUUUAUCAUUAUGGCGUUAUACAUCUAGUAUAAAGCUGAUAAAAGAGCUGGAACUGGCCCAAAACUCAUCGAUAAUUCUUCCGCUUGUCGACAUACAAAGUUGGCAUCGGGGGACCCAACCGAGACUAUCGAAUGAAAGACACAGUGGCAUAAUCCGAUUGACCAUUGAUGCUCGAGGUCUUAGAGCGAUCUGCCGUUUUUCAAACCCUCUAGAACCAAGGCCACUCUCUACACACUCUAGCUAUUUCCUUUACAUAUUCAGGCAAGCUACACAGGUCUACAAUACCAAAGUCCAGUUUGACAUAUGCCAGAUCUACAGCUAUGGGACUCCUGCUCUACCACUAGGGCGGAGUGUUAUUCAACCACCACAAUCAAUUCGGACACCUGAAAUUGAACGCUUUACAACUAGCAGCCUGAAACAAUGCCAUGGCCUUACAUUUUUCAUCUCAAUGAACGGGAUAGCAAGUAUUCAUCCACAUACCUCAAGAGGUCCAUUUUCGUUUGAGACCUUUACUGGUACCUUAACACCUCAACUCCAAGCCUGUACUGCUUGGUUUUAUCUUCCCCUAGGAAAUAAUGAGGAAAUCGUCUCCUUAGGCCUUCGAUUUCACGUUAGACAUGGGUUAUAUCUAUUUCCAUGCCUUCUAGUCUAUUUGGACUCUGGAAAUUACACUAUUGGGCCAUCCUUAACUGGACGAGUGGUCGAUAUUACUGUACUAAUUAAGGGCCGGCCUAUUCUUCUCUGGGAAAACCCUAACGAUGAAAGCAACUGUAUUUCUACUAUAGGAUUCUGCAUCAUAGGUGUCUCUAUUGGGAGGACUCUCUUCUAUUCGCAUUCUAUGAUUCCACUAAACAAUCCCCCAUUUAAAAACGCCUGUCUGACCACAGCCCCCUUGAGAGGGGUAGUUGAAGUGAAAUUGUUUCGCAGCCAAACCUUCUGCAGAGGUAUAAUUCCCACAUAUGACAACAAGACUCGACGAUCCCUGGGUCAAUGCUGGGUGGGUGAAGAUACAGUGUUCACCUAUCAAACACCGACACGGCUGUACUAUGCUUCUACAGAGUAUAAAAUUGACGGCGUUAAGCCACUUCGAGCAGCAGUUUACGUGGAGAUUGCAACUCAAAGCUGUCCUGAGCCUCAAAAAGAUGAAAGUCGGAGGUGGGCUUGUUCUGCAAUGCGCGGGAUAAUCAAGUUCUGGUUCAAUGAGGUUCAAUCUUCACUCACAGUGCAGGAGACAGGAGAGCAUGAAAAC